GCGGGGGUCUGGAGGAUGGGGGCGGGAGGAACAACGGGCCGGUGAGGAGCAGCCGCCGCCGUCUCCGCCGGCGCUUCGGCAGCCGCCGCGGUGGUCGCCUCGGUCAGCGCCCUUCACUCUCGGGCCGGCGCCUGCCAUCCCGACAUCUCGCCCGGGGGAGGCUGAGGCUGAAGCGCGGCCGGCGGCAGGGGGACGGUCCGGCCCCGGCCCCGCAGCGGCGCGGGCGGCCGCAGUGAUACCCAGCCCCGGCCCGCCGUCCGUCUUCGCCCUCGGCGCCCGCAGCCAAGAUGAACCGGGGCGGCAGCAGCCCGUCGGCCGCCGCCAACUACCUGCUCUGUACCAACUGCCGGAAAGUGCUGCGGAAGGAUAAAAGAAUCAGAGUGUCUCAACCCUUGACAAGAGGACCAAGUGCCUUUAUUCCAGAGAAGGAAGUUGUCCAAGCAAACACAGUGGAUGAACGUACUAACUUUCUCGUGGAAGAAUACUCUACAUCCGGUCGCCUGGACAACAUCACACAGGUCAUGAGUUUGCACGCUCAGUACCUGGAGUCUUUCCUGCGGAGCCAGUUCUACAUGCUGCGCAUGGACGGCCCCCUUCCUCUGCCGCACCGGCACUACAUCGCAAUAAUGGCUGCAGCUAGACAUCAGUGUUCUUACUUAAUAAACAUGCAUGUGGAUGAAUUUUUAAAGACAGGAGGGAUUGCAGAGUGGUUGAAUGGCUUGGAAUACGUACCACAAAGACUGAAGAAUCUUAAUGAAAUAAAUAAGCUGCUAGCACACCGACCCUGGCUCAUCACGAAAGAGCACAUUCAGAAACUUGUCAAAACUGGAGAAAAUAAUUGGUCUCUGCCCGAACUGGUACAUGCUGUGGUCCUGCUGGCACAUUAUCAUGCUUUGGCAAGCUUUGUUUUUGGUAGUGGCAUCAAUCCAGAGAGAGAUCCAGAAAUCUCCAACGGAUUCAGGCUAAUAUCAGUCAACAAUUUCUGUGUUUGCGAUCUCGCUAAUGACAACAGCAUAGAGAACGCAUCCCUUACAGGCAGCAACUUCGGGAUUGUAGAUUCUCUAAGCGAGCUAGAGGCCUUAAUGGAAAGAAUGAAAAGGCUUCAUGAAGAAAGGGAAGAUGAAGAGGCAUCUCAGGAAGAAAUGACCACUCGCUUUGAGAAGGAGAAGAAAGAAAGUCUUUUUGUGGUCUCUGGAGAUACUUUUCAUUCAUUUCCUCAUUCAGAUUUUGAAGAUGACAUGAUUAUAACAUCUGAUGUCUCCCGAUACAUUGAAGACCCUGGUUUUGGGUAUGAGGACUUUGCCAGACGAGGAGAAGAGCAUUUGCCAACAUUCCGAGCUCAGGACUAUACCUGGGAAAAUCAUGGGUUCUCCCUGGUGAACAGACUUUAUUCUGACAUUGGACACCUUCUUGAUGAGAAGUUUCGCAUGGUCUACAAUCUCACCUAUAACACUAUGGCCACCCACGAGGACGUUGACACCACCAUGCUGCGCAGAGCUUUAUUCAACUAUGUUCACUGUAUGUUUGGAAUCAGGUAUGAUGACUACGAUUACGGAGAAGUUAAUCAACUACUUGAACGAAGCCUGAAGGUUUACAUUAAGACAGUGACCUGCUAUCCUGAGAGAACUACCAAGCGCAUGUAUGAUAGUUACUGGCGUCAGUUCAAGCACUCAGAAAAGGUUCACGUAAAUUUGCUUUUAAUGGAAGCACGGAUGCAAGCUGAACUUCUUUAUGCCCUUCGUGCCAUAACUCGGCAUUUGACCUGAAGCAUCACCCAGCGAAAACGUCGUAUGUGUGUAAAGACCUUUUCACACAAGAACAUACAUCAGAAGCUGUUUGUGAUGGGCAUCAAAAGUUAUUCAAUUCUCUAGUGUCAAAGUUUAGCCGUUCUCUUUGGCGGCUGUAAUGUGCAAUGAUGUGUUUUAUUUUUCUUGAUGCUUAACAUUACUAACAAUUGCAAAAAUAAUACUGAGGAGCACUACUUUGCAUUGUUUUAUAGUUGGAGUUUUGGAUACUGAUCAUAAAUCACGAACCUGGUUUAUUAAUGCUUAACUUCAGCGCUUUUGGGUUUGUAUGUAUGUGUAUUCUUUUAUUUCCUUCUUUCUUUUUUUUUAUUAUUAUUAUUAUUUUUUUUUUUUUUUUUUGGAAUAAGGAAAAGCGCUUACAAUCUGCUCAAGUGAUUGUUUUUCAGAUAUUGGAAUUCAGCAAAGAAUGACCUCUUCUGGCCAUUCUAAACUUUUAACGUUGUGUCCUAAAUCUGGUGGAGGAGAAGCAUGCGCUGUUGAACUAAGCUGCUCACAGGACACAUAUCUGUGUCCCCAGGAGAUUAUUUGUCAGGCACUGUUUGUGGUUUUUGUUUGUUUGUUUGUUUUUGUUUUUUGGGUUUUUUUUUUUUUUUUUUUACUGCUAUUGGCGAUAACGUGAAAUGUGAUACAGCCAUUGUCCAUAAUUUAAUGUGAAAUUAAUCAUGAUGAAUUCUAUAGCAUGCUACUGAAAUGCCAAAUUCAGCUCUUUUCUUUCUCUUCUGAAACAGAAGUUUCCGUUUUCCAUAUCAGAUGUAUAUAUUAAAAGCAGAAUUAUGCACAAUCCUUUCUAUCACUAACAGUCCUCCUCAGUCAUGUAAGUCAUCAGCGCUCACAGAGCUGCUCACCGCUCAUUCAGUUGGCACACGCAAGCCUGUACCCACACAAGACUGACCAAAAAAGUUUCUUUGCACGUUUUUCUUUUCUCAUAGCGUUUUCUAUAUCGCAGUAAGCAGAGGAAGGUUAAUAUACUUGUAUUUUUUCCUGGUAGCUUUUAGAACUUCUUUCCCAUGAUUUUUCUUCUAAUAGGCUGAGGAGUUGAAUAUUCAGAGGUAACAAUUGUGUUUCUAUGCAUUAAUGUGAUUGAACAGCAACAACAACAACAAAAAAAAGUGCAAUAUGUCGGGAAAAAAAUACUCAGCUGAACUUUCCCCCCAUUAUGUCAUUGCAGAAGUGUCCUUGUAAACAGAGCCAUAAAGAAAUUUUGUUCAAAUUUCUUUAUUGCACAAGGCUUUUGCCUUACUGGGGUUGAACAAUAUUGUUUUCCUAAUGCCAAAGCACCCCCUUCCCCAGAAAAAAAAAAAAAUCUCUUUGGACAACUGGUUUAAAAAAGCUAUCAAGUCUUAGGGGAGGAAGAAGCAUCCAAAAAGUCACAUUUUUGCAUCGGUUUGUGUUGCCUGAUUAGACUAUCCUUACAGAGCACAACAUUAUGUGUUUCUAGCUUUAAUUUGUAUUGUGUUAAUGAACCAGUGAAGUGCCUAAGAGAUGCUUACAACUAUCCAGUAGGACACGACCACACUGCUUAAACGCUUUUUGGUUAACUAAGGGUGACUUGAAUUUUCACAAAUCUGCUAAUUUUUUUAAAAACAACUCCAUUUUCUCAUGGUAAAUAAUAGAGUCAAAAUUCUCCAUUAGAGUUCCCACAAAGAUUUCAUCGCAGACUGACUUAUUUGUUGUAUAGGACUUUUUCUCUCAUGAAAGAAUCUUGGGUUUUGUUAAGUCAUUUUCCCCUUCCGUUCACCAUCCUUUCCUGGUACAAUACAUUAGGUUGCUUUCUUUUAGAGUUUGUCCCAGAUAAGAAAAUAGAAAGAUGACUGUAAACCUACUAACACAAGGUGGUUCUGCAUUUUUAGAUUCCAGGAUCUCAUUUGAAAUCUUCCACGUGAGGAAAAAAUUACUAAUAUUUUGUAAGACAGGGUGGUUUAUUUAAAGAUAUCACUCAGAGAAUUCAUGCCAGAUCUCUUCUGUUUAUUGGAUAUGCCAUAUGUUGACUUCAUUCGGCAUCACAUCAUGUAGAAAUGUCUGUUAACUGCAAGGAAAGUAUUUAGGAAAAUGAUAAAACACGGAUGAUAACAUCAAUGCAUAUUUGACUUCCCUAACCUGAGAACUUUCGAGUCGAGGAUAUCUUUUAUUCUUGACGGUUUUUUAUUUUGUUUUGUUUUUUAACUACAAUCCUUUCAGUUAACAACCCUGUAUUAUUGUGCAGGUGACCUGUAUUACAGGAUAAAAAAGGAUCUUUAUAAAAUGGAAAAGAAGGAGAAAUUGUCACAGAAAAACCAUUAUGAGCUUUAGACCAAAAGGGGAAACAAGGUGUAAGUAACGAAAAUGGCCACUUAGUUUUUGUCUUUUUUUUUUUUUUUUUUUUUUUUUUUUUUACCCCAGAAAUGGAAAUAGUUGGAGUUUGGGUUUUGGAAAUAUUAGUGCCUUUACUAGAUCUCUUUUCUAGCAGAGUUUCUUUUUAGCUCAGCAUUGCUCUACUCAUCAGUAAUCAGGAACGUAAAUUGACUUGGAACUAUAAACAAAAACAAAACAAUGUAUUUAUGAGCCUCAGUGAACCAGCCUAGAAAAAUUGACUUCCGAAGGUGCUGGGGCACCUACUGAGACGCAGCACGCACAACAUGAGUACCAUUUUACAGCAAGGUUGCUGUGAACUUUCUCUAAUGCAGACUUGAAAUUCUGAUGCGGUUUUCCAGGGUGGUAUUUUUUCAGAGUAUUGAAUUUACUAUGUAGUAAUUUAUAGUAUAGCUUUUUAUAUUAAAAUGUGAUAUUUUUCAAAGAGAUAUCUGGUUCAAUUAGUGUAACGAUAUGAUUAUACGAUACGCUAACCUCCACCUUGGGGCUCACAUUGUGCCAAACUUAAAUGUGCAAGUGUACUUGGAAAAACAGCACAUGUGACUGUGAAUUCUCUAACUUCGUUGCUUAUUACGUUGAAAUUAGUCUAACAAGCCACUGAUAAUCUGCCUGGUUGAUGUCUAUUUACCUCCCGGCUUCCCUUGUAAUUCUUGAUUUCUCAGAUCACCUUAGGAAAUACCUAAAUAAAGACUCUCCCACCUGAACGUCAAUCUGAUCUGUAAACCGAUCCCUUGACUGUGGGGUUGGCCAGGCAGCUGGCCCCCUGGAUCCUUCAGCUUCGGUCUCCUCAGAUGGAUCCUUGGUAAUCAGAGGAAACGAGGCUUGCUGAGAUGAGACCACUCAUUACCUUCUUUACCUUUUUGAACCAAGUAGGUUGUCUCAGUCUCAGGAAGAACCUUUGUCCCGUCCGGGGUACUUUUACAAUAAAAGAUGGCUAAUGUGGAAUCUGGGCCAUGGCCUUGGCCUUUAGUUAUGGCUUUAAACCCAAACAAUGGCAGAGCAACACAGGGCUGUUUUCAAACAGAAAACUCAGUGGAAGCUUUAUAUUAAAAUCAUAUUUGAACCAGAGCCCCUAUUUUAAUUGUUAGGAAGUCCCCUAAGGAUUUUAAAUUCUUCUAAAAACUAAAUCACAUUAUUCUACAGCAGCUUUUUCCUUUUCCACCUUACAGAGUUUUGUUUUGUUUUUUUUUUUAAUCCAAAAUCCUAGAUUCUUAGGCCGCAGCAAAAUAAAAUGAUCAGCAAACAAUCAAAGAUCUAUACUUAAAAGUAGUUCACCACUUUAGUGCAGAGUGCAUGCAUGUGUGAAGGUAAGAUUCUUUUAAACUCGUAAAUCCGGUUCAUCGGGGACAAAAAUUAAUUUCAGUGCAUGUUAUAAGAAUGAUUUGCACUGUGAUAGCAAAAUGAGGUUUUCGUUUUGUGUUGUGUUUUGAAGACAAUUCUAAAUCAUCCCUCUGGAAAGCAAGACCUUAAACUCUUCUCUUUACCUAAUGGACUUUUUCUUCUUUUAUGCAAAUAGACGGUCUUGCAUGGAGUAAAAAGUAUGCAACAGUAACGUUGUAUAAAUAGUAUAUGAAAUUUUCUUAGUAGUAUAAUGCAACAGCACCCUGAAAGACACGGGGCCCCACAGUUCGGAUCGAGUGUUAAGUCACCUAAUUUGUAUAAUCAGAACCUAUUCUCGGUGGCCGUCAUCUUAAUCUGUUUCCCUAUCGUAUCCCUCCGGAGACAGAGAAUCAAGUGACGUCGUCUUUCCUCAGAGCAGUACUGUAACAUGAAUGUAUCCCUCUCAGUCCACAGAACUGCAACGCCCCCCUGUGUGUGGAGCCUACGUCCACGCUGAUUUGGCUUAGUUAGUAGUGUCUGCUCAGGUGAGAAGUAGAACAAACAUCGCUGGGGUGAAACGGAUCCUAGAGGUGGAGGCAGAGCCCUGUGAGGAAGGAGAAGGUUUUCAGUGAACGCGUGGCACGUUCGAGUGUGGCCAUCCUCAGCAUCGUGCGCCUGAUAUGAAGGAACAUUCCCAUGUGGGAGUUCCUAUCUGCAUUCAGUCCCCCCUUUCCUGCCUGCUUUCUUCCCCCAAGUGCCUCAACCUCUACAUGCUCGCCAUCUUCCCCUUCCCUCAGCCCAUCUUGGUCUGAAGGCCUCUUCACAAUCCAAACCAAACAUCACCAGCCACCUGCUGAUAGUCACCAGCAUUUACUUUUCUGAGUUCCUUUUUCUCCACUCGUUAAGAAUAGGACUUUGUCCCCGCUCCUCUACAUCCCCCCAGUCAUCCAGCGACAUGUCGGCUAACCUUCUCCAUAGACACCCUAGCAGAUAUUAUGCAGCACCGAGUGUAAUCCUGUCCAUCCCAUACUCGAAUACCCUUUCCCGGCUGCCUCUACCUCAUCCCCAAAGAGCCUAUAAAUUCAGAGUAUCCAACCUUUUCAUGGAUUCACUCUCUGUUGUUCAGUAAUGCUACUUCCAUAGUUUAAUAAAUCUUAGAAGAUUUUUGCCUUCUAUCAAAGUAGAAGUCUUUAUAUUUAUACACGAUACAGAAAUGGAACUAUUUCUACCAUGCAGAAUUUAGCAUUUAGCAGGACUGUAAAGUGAUUGAUUGAGUUACCACCCUAACCUGGAUCUAUAUUAGGUAAUAAAUACUGGUGUUAGUCCAAGUUAUUUGAAUGUAAAUGAACAAUUCUCUAGCAAUCCAGACUGAUGUGUAACCCCUCGGGGAAACAGGCAAUUUCUGGCAUAUCCAUGGGUGUCGUUACUUGGGCCUUGAAACACGCUUCUAAGAGAAGGACGUAUGAUAAAGAGUGUUGAGGUGGUCCCAUUGGAUCGCAGAAGCCCAUUUGAUAUAUAACAUAGAUAAAAUACCACACAAUUGGGUACACAAGGGUUUUUGAACAAGCUCUCCUGGAUUAGACUAGGCUUCUCGCCCCCAUUCCUACCUUGUGUUCUCCACGGGGGAGAAAAGUACUAUGGGGUGAAAAGGGAAUGCACUGACUUUGUAGUCUUUAUUCCCCUGGCUGCAGUUCGGGUAUAUCCAGACUGUCCUUAAGGAACAAGUGCACAGAAGAAGCAACAACAGUUCUUCCUCUCCAGCCAGUGUGCACCCUGUUCAUGGCUGACGACUCUGUCCGGUUUCUAACACGGGGCAUGUUCAUCUACAGAUGGCUGGCUGACCCGGUGAUGAACCACCCUGUUUGGAAGUGUAGAUUAAUACAAUCUGUGGUGGCAUUUGAAUGCUUUACAUUCCAUUCGUGAACAACCCAACCUGACGGCAGAGUCUCUUAGAUGCCUUUAAGGUUCCCAGGAGUGAAUCGAUGCCUCAUUGAGAAGUGACACUUAAUAAUGGAGACCGAAGGGAUGGUUCUCGCAAAAUUUUAUGUCGUGAAGGGUUCAUUCUAGCUUAAAUUAAUGCUGGCUGCACCACCAUGAAGUACAGAACUAACAAAGAAAAAAUACAGGGGUGGGGGAAGAAGGAAUAUCUGAUUUUUUUCAGUGCUUGUGGAAAUCUUUGAGGUAACGAUAUGCAUACUAUAAAAUAGCCUUUAGAACAAACACCCCAUUUUACUUCUAGCUUAUAGGACAACAUCAAACAUUAGUGAGUCUAAGUACGAUAAAUAUAAUUUUUGGUAUAUAAAUUUUGCUAAAACAGUCUAUUUUCUUGCACCCCUCAGCUUAACCUCUUAGAAAUGAAUGUAUAAUUUCCACAGAAAGAUUAUCAAAGGGAGAGAGAAUCUCUGGUAUGUAAUGCUAAAGUAUUGUUCAUGAAUUCUGAUUAGCUAAGUGUAUGCACUAUGACAUUUAGCAGAUAUCUUUCUUAAUCAGUCUUUACAGAUUUUCCACUGACUUCCAAAUCUUAUAAGGAAGGACCCAAAGGUAGGAUGAAGGAAACCUAUCAGUUGGGUAGCCAAGUCGUUUCCUUUGUAACAUUGAGAGACUAUUUUCUCCUUUCUGAAUUUCACUGGUUCUCUAAAAUAAAAGGUAAGAGUUCACCGGUACCCUUGUUCAUCAAGGCAAGCGAUCCAGACUCUCUAUCUCGUGCACAUAUUUUCUUUGCAUCCGCAUAUCUUCUCUGGAAAGAAAAUACGAUUUUUCCCUUCCUCUUUCUCUUCAUAUGUACUCUUUUCAACUCAAAAUAAGACAGACACAGGAAGCAAAUCAAGCCAGUUCGGCAUCAUCUCCAUGCUAAUAGAAUAGUCCCAUCCACAUGCACAGUUUGAGCAAGGUAAAAAAGAACCUUGUCAGGUCAACUCGGAACAUGGCCUUGCUUCUUGGAUUAGCUCCUUCGAACCUGAAAAUAACUUUCCUGGUCAUGGAAGAACUGGAUGUAUCCUUUAGCUUAUGAAAUAGGAUUUGAACUUGAAAUCUUUUUUUUUUUUUUUUUAAAUCCUGAUUCUGCAGGGCAGCUACAUAAUGAAUGUAUAUAUUAAGACUUUGUAGCUGAAUUGCACAUGAAAUCAGAUUGCCAACUUCUUGACUUUCAAUUUUAGACAUCAUUUUAUCCUUAAGUUGUGAGCGAUAUAUGUAGCAUGCUGUGAAACGUCUAUUAUAGUUCUUUAAUUCAUCAGUAUUAAUACAGAAUUAUCUUUUGCGUUCCUUGGUACUUUUUAUUCAGUGUAAUCAGAAGCUGUGAUGUUUUGCCUUUGUAGUCCUGUGCUUUGUUACUGUAAUUUUUUUUUUUUUUUACGAAGCACGUGACUUUGGACUAAUGUGAGGCAGAUGACAUGAUCUUUAAGACUGCUAUAUAUAUCAGUCUCUUACUAUAUAAGGUUUUCAAUUAGAAUAAGCUUUUAUCAAAUAGAUCAUUGAUGCAAUUUAGGAUUCACGCAGUUUUCAGCGUCCAAUGGCGGUCUUAUAUUUAUAGUUUCAAUUCUGAAGAUAGCAAACUUGAUAAACAGCCACUUUAAACUUGUUCUGGCAAACCAGACCCUGCUCUAGAUGUAGUAGUCUAAGGUAGUUAACCAUAUAAGCCUUUUCAACUCUUAUGCCCUCCACAGAGUCAGCAGUUAAGGAGAUUAUAGAACCCAUGAAAGCUUUUUGUAUGUAUAAGUAGGUUUUAUUUUUCUUAUGUUGCUGAUUUUACAAUUCUGACUAAAGCUGACCUGAAUGGAUCAGUUUAUGUGUAAUAUUCUAGUGCUUUAAUGGCUUUUUUUUUUUUUUUGGAGGGAUGGGUAAUAUUAUUUGAACAGAUGCAGAAGGAACUGUUAGUGAGUCAAGACAAACACAUUUGAAAUAAAGGAACUGUGUAUUAACAUGUUAACAAUUCAUAACUGCACUUUUUAUGACAUUUUGAAAAUCUAUUUAUAGGUACAGAACAAUGGGUUUUGUUAAACUGUAUCACAUUUAUACUUGCAGAAAUUUAUUUCAUUGUUAUUAGUAGGAAUUUUAUUGGUUCAAUAAAAUUGGCAAAACUGA